UUACCAACAGUUAGAGGAUAAUAUUCAAAUCUCGAAAUCUUGAUUUUGUCAGUUAAUUAUGGUGCCUUUGAAGUUGUACUUCUAAUACAGAAGAAAAGUGUUAGGAAAAAAGUUACUAGUAUUUUACGUUUAAGUGUUUGGGAUUUAUUAUUAUCAUCAGGACAUUUAAAGUUUGCAGAUGUAAUUUUAUGAACGAUGUUUUUUGAUGACAGGCAUGUAAAAAUGGAACAACCUUGUUUAUACGAAGAAAUCCAAUCUAUGAACAACUCAUUCAUUUUAAAUUACUAUUGUUCGACAAACCAAUUAAAGACAUCCCCAUAUUACGAUUAUUACAAUCAACACAGUGAAAUACAAAAUUCGGAACUACCAAAAGAAGCACCCUCCUUAAACGCAUCGAACAUCCAAUCAUAUAAUCAGGAUUAUUUAUAUUGUAUACCUAGAAACUACAGUUGGUUAGAGUAUAGCAAGGAGGAAAGAUUUUGCAUUGAAAAUGGAGCUUACGUCAACAAUUGUUCUCAGUACAAUAAAAUAGACGAAGAUGGAUCUAAUCAGUAUAAUAGUAGGAAUACUGAGGAUGAAGAAUGUAUAGACGAAGCUUUGGAUUCUCAGUCCUAUUCAGAUGACUCUAGAGAUGUAAGGGAUGGUGAGAAUAUAAUGAAACCAAGAAAAGAAAGAACAGCUUUUACAAAAAUGCAAAUAAGAGAAUUAGAAAAGGAGUUCACACAUUCAAAUUACUUAACCAGAUUGCGACGUUAUGAAAUUGCAGUAGGUUUGGAUCUAACAGAAAGACAAGUAAAAGUAUGGUUUCAAAAUAGAAGAAUGAAAUGGAAGAGGAAUAAGUCAGGCGAUCGACAAACCAGAGGGAGAAAUGUAAAGACAAAUUAAAAUUUAUGAAAAACAUAAAAUGAAUGAUAUUUAUAAGUAUAUUUACCUAAUGC